AUGACGAUAUCAAGGCGAGGACCUCGGCGGCGCCAUGGCUUUCUCGCAGACCUGCCAAACAUGCCGUUGGAUAUCAUACAAGAGGUCCUCGCCCAUCUCCAGCCUCGCGACUUGUUAAGGCUCGCUAGAACAAGCAGGACCUUCAGAACAUUUCUCAUGAGUCGGUCAUCAGCUUUUCUCUGGAGGGCCUCGCGCAGAAAUGUUGAGGGGCUUCCCGACUGUCCCACUCACUUGAGCGAGCCUGCAUAUGCCAACCUUGCGUUUACAAGCUAUUGCUUUGUAUGCCUUUCUUGA